AGGACUGAGCUAAUUCUGAAUUUGGGAACCCCCAAGGACUGAGCUAAUUCUGAAUUUGGGAACCCCCAAGGACUGAGCUAAUUCUGAAAUUUGGGACUCCGGAAAUACUGAACUAUUUCUGGAGCUAAGGAUCUCCAAUGCAUUAAUCGAGAUACCCCAAGAUUUAACUCUAGAAGCAGGGGGCCCCAUUGAUCUCUUCCAGGGGCCCCCAGGGACCUGUAUGAGAGAUCUAUAGAAGUGUCUACCUGGACCUGUUGCAGGAGCCCCGUUUUUCUGGAUUCCUUUGAUAUUUUGUGGGUGAUCAAAGGGACUUCGUUUACUGGAUGUACCCCUUGAACUCUAGUAUGGGGCCCCUGCGAUCCAGAGCUGUGCGGGCCAAGUGAAGUGGAUGUGCCAGGCUGAUCAGACAGCACUCAAACUCAGAGCAGUCCAUAGCUGGGGGGUGCAGUCUGUCACUCACACUCAGCCCAUUGCUGGGAGGACAGGGCGUGCUGUCUGUCACAGAGAAGCGGACGCAGUGAUUGCAAGCUCUGCGGUCCAGGACUAUGCAUUGUUCGGUCGCUGCCUUUCUCCUGGCCGGCUUCCUCUGUGCUGCCGGUAAUCCCACCCCGGAGCCCCCAGCCGGUUCCCAGGACUCCUGCUCGUCCUGCGGGUUCCGACCCCCGGAGGAGGUGGCCCGGGUGGACCAGGACAUCCUGGAGGCGGUGAAGAGGCACAUCCUGAGCCGACUGCAGAUGAGGGACCGGCCCAACAUCACCCACGCGGUGCCCAAGGCUGCCAUGGUUACAGCCCUGAGGAAGCUGCAUGCUGGCAGGGUGAGGGAAGAUGGCAGGGUGGAGAUACCCAACCUGGAUGGGCAUGCCAUGCCCAGCCUCGACCUGCAGGAACAGAGCUCCGAGAUCAUCAGCUUCGCAGAGACAGAUGAUCUUACGGCGUCGAAGGUACGGCUUGCCUUCACAAUCUCAAAUGAGGGGAACCAGAAUCUUUUCGUGUUUCAGUCUAAUUUGUGGCUUUAUUUGAAACUCCCGGAGAUUAUGGAGAAAAGUGGCAGACGCAAGGUCCGGAUUAAAGUGCACUUUGAAGACCCAGCAUUCCCAGGUAAAACGAACAUGGUGGAGAAAAAGGUUGACACCAGAAGAAGUGGCUGGCACACGUUCCCCUUGACAGAUACUAUACAAGCACUUUUCGAGAAGGGGGAGCGAAGGUUAAACCUUGAGGUGCAAUGUGAUGGCUGCGAAGAGCAUUCGGUUAUUCCAGUGUACGUGGACCCAGGAGAAGAAUCCCACCGACCCUUUCUUGUGGUACAUGCCCGAUUAGCUGACAACAAGCACCGGAUUCGUAAAAGAGGCCUUGAAUGCGAUGGGCGGACAAAUUUAUGUUGCAGGCAACAAUUUUACAUUGACUUUCGACUUAUUGGCUGGAACGAUUGGAUCAUAGCUCCAUCAGGAUACUAUGGGAAUUACUGUGAGGGCAGCUGUCCAGCUUACUUGGCAGGAGUUCCAGGUUCGGCCUCAUCUUUUCACACAGCGGUGGUGAAUCAGUACAGAAUGAGAGGCUUGAACCCUGGGACAGUGAACUCCUGCUGUAUUCCUACAAAGCUAAGUACAAUGUCUAUGCUAUAUUUUGACGAUGAAUACAACAUUGUCAAGAGGGACGUUCCGAACAUGAUAGUAGAAGAAUGCGGAUGUGCAUGAUAGGAAUAUCAGGACAAUUCCCAUAUACACUUUGCUUCCUCCUGGAGGGAUAUCACGCCACUGUGAUGUUAUGGGGAGGGAUCAUUUUGUGAGAUCAGUGGCAGUCUGUGGAUCUCAUAUCAUUCCGGCAUACAUUUUUAAGACAUAACUUACAAGACUGUAAGUAGCCAAGGCCGCACAAGGCAAUAUACUAAGGGUCAUUUUAAUGCCAGCAAGUGCCGAACCAUGAAUGGAAAGAGCAAAGAGGUUUCCAUCUGAAUCUGGGCUAGGAUAAUAAUUUGUGGAAUGAAAAGUUAACUUGUUCCUUAUUAGUGGUCAUACGUGGCCAAGCAACGUUCACAUUUGACGAUAUCUUCCACCAGUUUACCUUAUAAUAUUCUUACAGCACUUCCAAUGAGGAAUGUCUACUUUGAUUAAUGAAAGGCCAUAUGCCUCCAAGGCUGGGCUUCACAAACUCUCUAUGGUACGGAGGGCUACAAGCCCGUAUCAUGCCUGUCGUCUCCUCAUAGAGACAUCACAAACUAUGAUAGACUUUCUACAUGUUGUGUCCAACACAAACAUGAAGCCAUAGCACCAGUUGUCUUCUCAAAAAAGGGCAACAUGCAUAUUUUCUACUGUACGGACUUCAGUAUCUGUGGUACAAUAAGACAGCAGUGUCUGAAAAGUGAGCAUCACUGAGACCUGCACAAAAGACGAGUCACCGAACGAAUGUAGAGUUAUGUAACAUGUAUUGUUUGUUGUUUUCUUUUGCCGAUGGGUCAAGCAAAACAUUGUUUUGCACUCAAGGGAAUAAAACAUGGAUAGCAACAAGGGAAGGAUCGUGAUGAUGGACGGGGGAGAGGAUCCCAUAACUUCUCUCCCAAGUCUGAUAACACUCAGCAUAGCACUUGCAAAUGCUAGGUUCUCACUUCACAGCAUUUGCACCUCUUACUGCCUUGAAAAGUGAUACUUGACAGUGCACUUAAUUUCACUAAAUAUUCACAUAGCUCCUACCCUGCUGCAGGGGCCACUUACAGCAGUGAAAGAGUUAAACUCUUUAAAUAGCAUAAGGUAGUGCAGCUCAUGGCACACCUUGCAGACGCACAAAGUGUUAACGCAGCAGGCUCAGCUCCUUGGGAUAGCUCGAGAAACCUACCCCGGCUAACAGUGUGGCAUCUGCCAGCAGGGCUUAACUGAAGGAAGAUUCUCAGCAUACAGGAGAAGUGAGCCGUGAGGCUGAAUGAUUCCUAUCGCACACUCUCAGGCAGUCGCUUGUUACAUUGAAGCCAGGGAGCGUGUAAAGCAAAAAUAUUUUAGAAGGAAAGUUCAUUUUCUGGAAAAAUUAAGUAUUUUUCAAUUUGCAGAUGCUGAGGCCUAUAAAUGGCUGACCAAUUUAGGGCAGCACCGCUGAUUUGUGUGAACGCCAACCUUUUAGCUGUUAGACAGUGAAUUGUGGUGAAUUGACAACUGAAUGGCAAGAUUCAGCCCAAAACGGCAAAAUUAGAAAAAUACUCAAGUCUGAGAAUUUUUCCCAUUCUGUUAUUUUUGGCUAAACAGCUGUUGACUUCCCAUGAUGCACUCUGUUAGUGAAUGAGGGCUCCUUGGACUGUGAUUUCAAGCGAUAAUGGGAAGACAUUUUUCCUGUUUGAUGCAAGCUAUGUUUCUCAGAGCAACACAUUCCAGUAACAUCUUAUACACUGGCAUAUAAGACACACAACCAGCGGAACAGUUUUUUCCCUAAUAUAUAUUUUUUAUACUUGAAAAUACAUUUGUUUGCUUUUUUAUUUGUUUGUUUUUUCUUAAGCGAAGGAUUGCUUAGGAUGUUUUGCACUGAUAGAUGCAUUAUUAGUUCAAACUGCCAUUUGUAAAAGAAAAGAAAGUUGAUACUUUUAUCGCAAAUACGAGAAUAAAAGUACAAUGUGAUAAUACAUCUUUUAUGGAACCAAAGAGGCCAAUUUAUUAGAAGUAUUUCUUAAGCUUCAAAGCUCAGUUACAGUGUAGAUCAGGGAGGUGUCAUAACAUAGGCCUCUGUGUGUUUUUGGACUACAUCUCCCAUAAUUCCAUGCCAACCACUUUCUGGCUUAGAACUAUGGGAGUUGUUGUCCAAAGCAGAGUGCCAACUUGGAUGCCAGUAAUUUGAGCCGCUUCUCUAUUGGGCCUAUGGCUUUCUGCAGGCAACCAAUGUAUCGACUAUGCUUUUAUUGUCUUUCCAACCAACAAUGAUAAUUGUAGCAUCAAGUAUGAACAUUCCU